AUGGAGGGAAUACCGCAGCCAAUACUUAGAACUGUCGAGGAAUUCUUCGGCGACUUCAAGGGCAGACGAGCUGGCUUGAUCAAGGCUUUAACUAUUGACGUUGAGAAGUUUUACCAGUAGUGCGAUCCUUAAAAGGAGAAUUUGUGCCUAUACGGACUUCCUAAUGAGACAUGGAAAGUUGACCUACCUGUUGAGGAAGUGCCUUCUGAGCUUCCUGAGCCUGAUUUAGGUAUAAACUUUACGAGGGAUGGAAUGCAGGAGGAAGAUUGGUUAUCGUUGGUUGCAAUGCAUAGCGAUUCUUGGUUUCUUGCUGUUGCAUUCUACUUUGGUGCACACUAUGGAUUUGGUAAGAAUGAAAGGAAGAAACUCUUCAAUAUGAUCCAGUCACUGGUCACACUCUAUUUGAUCUUGACUGCCAAUGCUCGGAAUGCCCAGAACAUCUCAGUCUCGCCCAACAAUAAUGUACUCAGCUUUUAUCUCAAGGAUUGA